AUGUCCGUGGAUGCAAGAUUGCCCAAGAAAAGGAAAAGAAUCUCAGCUUUAGCUGGACUUGAACCAAGGCACAUUGUAUCACCGGGAGAUGUCAUAACUGAAGACACAGGAUACAUGAGGUUGGUUUGAAAAAUUAUCUUUUUGGUCUGUGAUGUAAAGAAUGCAUAAUGAGCACAGGUUGUCAAAACGAUAAAUGGAGUAUAAGGCCGUAUGAAGAAAAGAUGUCAAAAAAAUUAUGCCCAAAAACAGUCGACAAAGUGUGUUUGGAUAGUGCACUUGGUGCGUCGCAGAACACAAGUAUUGUUACGAUAGUUUCCUCCUCUUUCAAUGUUACUUUCCAUUGCUGUGGAUCACAAGUAACAGGGAAUAACUAUGGGGAGGGGUGGGUGGGUGCUGUACAGAUUAAGGUAGCAAAGUGGAAAGGCGUGAGAGCGACUCAUCAUGUGGGUGAAAAUGUAGAUGGGUUAACAAUAGUUAAAACUCUACAACACUGGUCCACUAAUUUACAUCGUAUUCUUCAAAGACUGCGGAAAAGAUGGUCAUCGGUAGUUCCAUAUUCUUAAGUUGCUCCUCAACACUUUUUGGGUUGUUUAUGGUGAGGUGUCACAGCAGUAUUUUGAAUAAGGAUAGAACAGUAAAGAGUGAGGAAGAGAAAAGUGUGACUGUCACCUCAAUGUCUAUGCUCAUGAUGGAGCAUGAUCCACUCCAGGGAAUAACAGAGCUCAGUGCUUAUUGGCACAUUUAGAAUGCAGUCAAACCUCCUAAUGGAUACCUCAGUAUGUAAUAUUAACCUCCCUUUAUUAUGGACAAUAUACUAUGUCUUCAUUCAAUUCUAACAUAUGUACCUUAAAAAAAUUGUCUCUAAUAUCACACCUUUCCAACACAAACUAUGAAUACCAAAUCUAGAAAUCACAUGCUACCAUCUUAACCAGUCUGGUAUAAAACAAAACCCUAUCACAUCCUAACCACAUAAGUUUUCACAUACUUCUGGCAGUUUGCUUUGUUUAACAUUCUUUUUGUGUGUGUGUGUGUGUGUGAAAGAGCAAUUCACAAUUGAGUUUUGUGCAACCAAAUCACAGGAACAACAACAGACAGUCACACAAAAGAAAACAUGACGAGGAGUCAAUGAGAACUCAAACUAUUAAAAUGAAAUAAACAGCUUGAUGGCUGGUAAAACAUGAGUUAUGAUUCAGACAGAGCUGAUGUUAGUUUUGCAUUAUAUUAUUUGAGCAAAUGGCACAAGUAUUCUGGACCAAACAGAGAGUGAAGUAGAACAAACCCAAUGCAAUCAACACUCAAUUGUAAAUUGCUCUUUUCCAUUUGUUCUAAUUUAUCAAUGUGAUUACUUUGGUUUUUGGUUCGCUUACUUACCCUGUGUACAACUCACCUCCCUUGAGUCUUUUUUUUUUGCAUUUGAAACUGGGAUGUAAUUUCUCUCUGCUGUAGGGGUCAUGGUACAUAUGUUGAUGGGGAAAAAUUGAUAGCAUCAGUUGCUGGAAUAGUUGAAAGAGUCAACAAAUUGAUAUGUGUAAGACCAUUUAAGACAAGGUAUGUAAAAUGUGUGCUUUUUUUUAUAAAUCUGUUCACUGAAAUGUUAAUCAGUAAUGCACCAGAAUCCCAUCUAAGGGGACCAAGAAUGCCCUCUUUCAAGUCAUCUCACAGGAAGUGGGAUAAGUUCAGUGGAAGCUCUCUGAUCCACUCUCAUGUGCAGAUUUUACCCUGAAGCAGAACUAGCAAUCCAGGUCUCCUCUAGUCUUUGUGAUGGAUAUGGAGGCCAAAUGGUCAGUGCUCUGAACUCAGACCUAGAUGCAUCUUGAAACUCAGGACUUUGUCAUUGUUUUGUAUUCUUCGUCAGGUGUUCAUCAGAUAUUAGAGAAUUCUUCAACUAUUACACAAAGUUCCGUAGCAGAGUUUUGAUGGGCUGAAUCAGUUCUAUUCAGAUUUGGAAACUUGUCACACCAUUCUCCUGCAACAGCAUUUCUCAAUGAAAACCCUGCUUGGAUAAGACACUGGAAUUUCACAGUAUUUGUAUCCACACAGAAAGAAGUGGAACAUGGAAAAGCUUUUCUUCUAAUGAUGGAGGACCUUUACUGGACUAAUUCUCUGUCAAAGGAUAUCUGCAAGUCCUUUGGCUGUUUUGUGCUCCAGAAGCCAUCGUAGCCAUUGAAAAUUACCUUUACCUCCCAUAGACCUUCCCAUAGUCAGUGCAAAUAAGGAGGAAUUAAGAGUAUGUAAUAAAAACACAUCAAAAUUAUAUAAUUAUUGUUGUGUUAUUUCAGAUACAAUGGAGAAGUUGGAGAUGUUGUGGUUGGAAGAAUCACAGAGGUGAAGAGCUAACUACUUAUUCUAAAUGACCUAAAAAUGAAUAAAUAACUUUGGAUAUAAUUUGUAGGUUAUUGUUACCAUUAGCUUGUUAUUUCAACCUCUUUGAUGUAUAUUUUAACUCAUGACUUCUACUUAAGCAAAGAAUUGCUUCAAUCUGUGUAUAUGAAUGUUGAUUGUUUGCAUCACUGUGCUUCAAGUUGUAAUCAUGCCUUGUAUAAAAAAGAGGGAGAAAGUUUGCAUGGCAGCAGUAUGUUGUUUUCCAUAGUACUGACUGUUUGGAAUAUAUCAACAGCUGUGAAUAAAUUAGUAUUUACUUUGUUUCAAGGUUGGACAGAAGAGAUGGAAAGUGGAAACUUUUUCUAGACUGGACUCUGUUUUGCUGCUCUCUUCAGUAAAUUUACCUGGUGGUGAACUGGUAAAAAAAGCUUGUUGUUUUUUUGUUGCUUUGUUGUUGCAUAUCAUUUUGAUCCUAUUUUUUUAGCCAUGUUUUGCAUAACCAUACUAAAACUACUAAUCUCACAAAUUAUUCAGAAAAGCUUUUUUCAUCCCUGAGAGAUAGACAGAUAGAAGAAGAGAGACAAAGAGAAAGAGAGAGAGGGAGUAACAGUGCAACAUAUACCAAUAUAAAAUUCCACAAAAGUUUAACCCUUUACACCUUAACACCAGUAUGCAUAAUCUCCAUACUGUUAUCUCUAAAUUUCCUAAGGUGCUGACAAGGAGAAUUUGUUUAACAAUCAAGAGCUAUUUGAGUUGAUGAUCAUUUCCUUUAUUCUUGUGAUCUUACAUUAAUGAUUCAGCAGUGUUACUGUAAGGAGAAACUAGAUUGUGAUCACUCUUAGGAUUUAAAGGGUUAACAGAAUGAGAAAUUCUUGUCAUAAGGCUUCAGUUAGUUCGAUGUUUCUUGUUUUUAUCGCUAACAAAACAUUUUUUGGGCAGGGGAAGGGUAGCAUAGGGUUUUGCUUUGUAAUAUUGAAAAAAAAAACAUGAACUUAUUGUGUUGGAUGGAACUACUCAAACUUCGGAAAUUUGAAAUCCUAGCAAACACGUGAGGUGCAUAGAUCUACUUAUCGGCGAUAGUGUUCUUUCUUGAUGAAACAUCUAGUUCUCUACACUAAUUUACUUAAGACUUGUAAAGAACAUAGAGGGAAGUCUUACUAAUGAUACGUCGGUAUUUAAAGAUGCUAUGUUUUCCGUGUUUGUAAACAGAGACGACGUUCUGCGGAGGAUGAAUUGAUGAUGCGCCACUUUCUUGCCGAGGGUGAUCUGAUAAGUGUAUCCUUUCCAAUUUCCUUGCACUCUGGACAUUUAUUGCUGUUUAGAGCAACGAGAUUAAUUUGGUUUUGCAUGUAAUACUUGGCUCUGUGAUUGGUUCAGCAAACUCUUGCAACCAAUCAGCUACAAAACUAACACCAAUUACGCAGGUAAUUUAUUGUUAAACAACUGGGUUGAAAACGUAUUAGAUUCGAAAUCUAAUCGCUCUGACGAAGGGCUAACGCUCGAAACGUCAGCUUUUUUACCCUUUACGGUGGCUAAUUUACGUUUUCAACCCAGUUGUUUAACAGUGAAUUACCUGCUAUACUCUCCCACUGACGCAGCACCACAGUUUCUUUAGAAACUUACCCCUUUAUUCAUAACACCAAUUACGACUUGGUCACCCGCGGUUUCCCGCGCUUUAGGCAGUUUUGUUAUUUCUUUUAAUUCCCAUUGUUUCUUAAAGGUUGUUUCCUUUUUACUGAUUGGUCUUCGUGAUUAAUUUAGCUUUACGACACUCAAUCGAAAAGCGUUCUACCGUUUACUAUUCUUAUAUUAUUACCUUUGUUCUGGGCUAUUAAGUCACCUAAUGCUAGAUAAUAAAUUUAAGUGUUCCCCCUUGACUAAACCAGGCAGAGGUGCAAUCGGUAUACAGCGAUGGUUCUCUUUCUUUACACACGCGCAGUCUCAAGUAUGGAAAGGUUGGUUUGGCUGAACAUUUUCAAAUAGCAAAGCUUUGUUUGCAUAAUUUUAUUGUGGUAAUCUUAAGUUCUUUAGCCCUAAACAAUAGUAGUACUACUGUUUUUAUGUGUAUUAAGUUUAUUGUUUUCUCGGCAGCUUAAAGAGGGCACCCUCGUUCAAGUUCCACCUUCGCUGGUUAAAAGGUGCAAAACUCACUUUCUCAACCUUCCUUGUGGUGCCACGGUAAUUGUGGGUAACAAUGGUUAUGUUUGGAUAUCUCCUUUGGAAAACGAAGAUGCCACACCCGCUGACGGCCUGGCCAACAGUCUGGAAAAUGACACCAAUGCACCAAGACAGGUCAGUAGUGUUGAUUGUGUGUAAUCGUUCGUCUCACUAUGGAGUCACUUUCGAUGUAGAGUGCGACUCUUCUACUGCAUAAUGACAGUCUUCUUCAGGCGAUGAGGUGUUCUUUAUACCCGUUUUAUUGUUUGUUCAACUUCUCAGCCGAGUUGAGUGGCUCGAUUUUUGAACCAGACAUCACAAUUCAGAAUUGUGUGGGCAAACUUUCUGGCUUUGUCCUUUUUCGAAGGUAUUGUUACACUUUUCCAAAAUCCGUCUCAUAAGGUCUUCUUAAUACCUUAUUUCUAGAUCCAGCACUCUGAUCGCGAGACGAUUGCGCGUCUUCGAAACUGUGUGUUGACAUUGACAGACCAUGGCGUGAUGCUCUUUAACACCUCUCUACAGUAUGCUUAUGACGCAUCAUUGAAGUACUUGGUAAGCACUUGGGUUGCUCGUCAAUGUGUCGAUUUUGUUGUCUUUUGGUUUGUUUGUCCGUUUUGGUUUGUUUGUCUCGUUUAGUUUUAGUUUUAACGCUAGGUACCUUUUGUUUGUUUUUGUCUUUGUUUUGUUCUUUUGGGGUUUUUUUUUUACGUGGGCAACAAUCAAGUAAAUCACCAUUCUAAACGUGGAGAAGGACAUAGCCGGGAAGUAUAAAAAGCUCUAAAAAACGUUCCUUGAGAGUCGUAGAAAUACCGGUCAAAAGAGUACAGCUGUUUUUUUAUUUGACAUACCUUCACGUCGUUGCAAGGAACCGCGAUUGCAUUUACAUUUUAAGCUCGCCUAUUUUUGUUUUUUCGCUUAGAAACUCUUUACGGUGGCCAAUGUGCAUUAUCAGCUCAGUUGAUAAAACCAAUUUAUUUUGUUAUACCCUCCACCGACUCAGCACCACAGUUUCUUUAGAAACUUACCCCCUUUAUUAGUUUUGUUUUCGUCAAGUUUUUGAGAGCAAAGAGAUAGAAUGUGGACAGACAUCAUAAGCCGUUAAGCUGCAGUAUUGUAAGUAACUUUUCUAUUUCCUUCUACCAUUGUCGUGAAGUUUGCGACGUUUAAAAGUUUCAAACAUAUUUUCUUGUAAUGUUUUCAGGUAAAAGAGCUGCUGAAGCCUGAAAUCCGGGAAGAAAUAGUCGACAAUGUUAGGCAGCUCCUAUCACAAGAAAUGUAAAUAAAAGGGACGUUUCCGUUAUCAUUGCCUCAAAAGUAACAUGUUUUUAGCUAUUAAAGAAUGACUCUUGAACUUUAUUGUAUCUCUUUCUGAAUGCCUAUCCCUAACGCUUAUAUUGCAGGCUCUCCUGUGUAAAGUAGCCUCUCUUUUGGAUGUCACACAACGUUUUCUGAGACAUAGUCGCGUGACAUCACAAAGAAUGGCUGCGAAGGAGGCUAAACCCUGCCAACUGUAGGGUUUCUUCAUUUUAAUCGAAUUUUAGAAUAACAGAUGAAAUCUUUGCGGACUCAAACAACACCAAGUAAAAUGUAACUUUGUUGGAUUACCAAAUAGAGGACUGAGGCUAAUUUGGAUGCUAGUAUGAUUUUCUUGGGUAGUUUCAAUUUUUAGCUACCAUUUUGAAAUAGGUCUAUCAUACCAUGAAUCACUGUGUAGAGAUUGUAAAGCUUGUGGAAUCUCUCCAUGCGAGUAGUAACAUUUAAACACAAUAUUCUCCUUCCUUAUAUGAGUAAGGUAUCUGUGUCAAUUUGGAUGUGGUUUUCGUAAUAUAGAGAAACUGAGUUAUAUUAUGAAUUGUGCCCUUUGGACAAUUUUGCUAAUGCAAUAUUCAAGUGGCUGUAAACAAGUACUCUCUCUUUACUUAAAUUCUUACAAUUCAAGCAUGAUCCUCGUUCACUUGCAACUGAGGUUUGGAUUUCACUGGAUUAAGUGUUUAAGGUCAACAGGAUGUGUAAGGAAAAUCUAACAUAACUUGAAAAGUUAUGACUAUAGCAGACUAACGCCAUAUUUUCUAAUUGUGAUUAUUUUCGUUAUUAAAGUUUAAUUGGAUUUGACAAAGUCAUAUCGAUUCUGCCGACAGUGUUCAAACUCUGUCUAUUGUCACCCGCUUUGAUCCAUUUAAAGGCAAUAAAAAUAAAUUCUACC